AUGACUCUGCAAAAUCCUCAAGUAGUUCGCACUAAAGGACAUCCUCCUGGUGCUCCAAAUAAUCAACAAACUAAUACUACAAGAAGAGAACCUUCUGGAUUUGAAUUUGUUGAACCCAGAACAAAGCAGUGUUCUAUUUGUAAACAGUCUGGGCACAAUGCAC